AUGCUCUUCUUGUUUACGUUAGUGGCUCUAGUGUCGAGCAUCUCACCACUCGGGUACGAAAUUCCCCAAGAUGUUGAACUCUCAACUCAGUUAUACCAGUCGCAAUGUGCUCACAAGGCACUAGAGGUAGUGAUCGAGCAUUGUGCUUCUGGAGGCGUUGAGUCCUUGAGUCUGUCUUUGAGAAAAAAGCUGGCUGUCAUGCUUUCCUUGUGUGAAUUCCAAGACUCCGCUAUAGACUACCCUUUGAGUUGCAAAAAGCUUCACUCCGAUGAAGAUUAUCAUGAGUGUGUCCAAGACCUCCGAUCAACUUCACAGUUCUGGACAACUUAUUCAGGGAAUUACAGAAGAAUCAAAAGUAUAUGUCACGAGGAGGCCAUGCCUUUUUUCAAGGAACACCUUCUAGAGCUUUUCAAUAAUGUCACGAAGGCGUACACAUCGUUCUACCUGGCAACGCAAGAAAACACACAGGCAACAGAGCAGCAUCAGAAAGAUUUACGAGUUCAGUUCAAGAUUUUAAAAGAGGAACUUCUUUCUUUAGCUGACUAUCAACGAAGAGAAAGAGAAAUCACCCAGGUCGAAAUGGACAAAUUUCGGUAUAGUAUGCUCAACCUCUUUGGCGAGCUUAAACAACAAGGCGACGACGGUAUGACCCGACUUGGAAGCUCAUUAUCCAUUGUAAACGACAACCUUGAAGCUUUUUCAAUGCAAGCACUAGCUCGAGCAAAGGAGGAGUUCCAUAUCUUGAAAUCAACUUCUGAAAACUGGGAACAAUUCCAGAAUGCAUUCCUAGCUGGGAUCCACGAGAUAGGGUCAACAAUUGAGGAGUUGGCAAAUAAAGUUCAAGAGAGCGAAUCAAAGCAGUUGACACUUCAAGAUUCCCUUAAGAACAACUUAGACGUAUUCAGUGAAUUCCACCAUCGAGUUCGAUCGAUGGAGUUUGAGCUAGUGGAGCAUUUGGAAGCACAAAGUACUCUCAUUGAGCACAAACUUGGUUUUCUCCUUGAUUCCGUUGAAUGUCUAUUUAACAAAUCAAUGCUUAUGGUCGAAAAGGGUCAUUCUGAGAUGAUGGACAGCGUCCAAGACGUAAACACUCUUCUCCAAGAGCAAAAGGCUGCCCUCAUCGAGACCUUUACCUACUUAAAUGAUCAAUCUACAAAGCUUCUAACUUUGUGGAAUUUGAUAAGACCCAUUUUAAAGGCUGUUGGCUUCGCCAGUGUGCUCACCUUCAUAGUAGCAGUAGUGGCAUGCUGCAUUAUCAUCAGGCUAUACUCUACGACAACACUCAAAAAUAUCCUUGAAUUUGUUGAACACCUCAUCUACGGCACAUUAGCGGCAAUCGUGAUCAGCGUGUUUUUGUCCUGGCUAUCUUGA